AAUAUCAAUUUACAAGUUUAUGAAAACUGCUUUUGGUUCCGUCUAUGUGUCGGCCGGAGUAAGAUCUGGUUUUCUCUCUUUUCCUUAUAUUUCUUGAACACUCCGUUAGUUUCCGAACUUCCGAGUGAAAAAGAGCAAUUUUGUUGAAGUGCAUCUUUGUUCUUUCAAUCGAAAAAGAUCAAUCUUCUUUGUUCUGCUCCUUUCCUUCCCAGGAGACUCUCAUGGCGAAAAGACCGCAGCUUUCCAAUAAUUUUGCUCUAAAGAAGUGUUCAAGACGAGCUUGCACUGCAGAGGAUCGCAUUAGUCAGUUGCCUGAUGAUAUUCUGGUACAUAUAUUGUCUUUCCUUAGCGUUAAGGAAGCAGCAGACACCAGUGUCCUCUCCAAGCGGUGGUUACCCUUGUGGAGAUUUGUUCCUCGGCUUGAUUUUGAUGCUACCAAACAAUUGGAUGAAGUAGCAGUGGAUCAAAAGCUUCAGAAAAGGUACAUGAAGAAGUAUGUGAGAUGGGUCAACCGUACUUUGCGAAUGUGUAAAGCUCAAAGAUUAGACCAAUUUCGUGUUCGUUUUGACUUAAACGCACUUGCCCAGCAUGAGAUUGACAAGUGGCUUGAGUUUGCCUUUGCUAGGCAAGUUCAAAGGCUAGAGUUAGACUUGUUAGAAGGUGGGGAGAGGAUUCAAGCUUCAGAUUAUUGCUAUACGUUUCCAGCGCAGCUCCUUGGUCUCAAUCAUUAUGCUGGUCAGCCUCUGUCAAACAAUGUCCACAAGUUGCCACCUCUUUGGCAUAAUUUUAAGUCUGUAAAGGUACUGUUAUUUAAGUCAGUACAUGUGACAGGUGAAGUUCUUGAGUUCUUCCUGCACAAUUGUCCAUUUGUUGAAGAAAUGGUAGUUCAUGGAUCUGAAACGCUGGUUAAUUUGGAAGUUGUUGGUCCUUCCCUCAAGUUGAAACACUUGGAGAUAUGGUUCUGCCUUGAUUUAAAAUCACUUAAAAUUUGUGAUACAAACAUCGUAACACUUAGGACUUCAUCAGCCCACAAAUUAUUGCUUUCAAAUGUUCCAAUGCUGAUUGAGGUAGACGUUGGGGGUCACCCGUUCCGGCAUAUUUUGGAUACCAUAGUGCCUUGGGGUUCCUGCAUACUCUCUCAGCUGGAGGUCCUUAAAAUACAUGCUUAUGGGGGAUUGGAGUACUUGGAGCAUUACAAGUUUCCUGAACUCACCAAGCUCAAGAAAUUUGUCGUAGAAGUUUUAGCAAAGGAAGACAUGAGUGUCUUAGGUUGCACACAUGUCAUAGGGGCUGCUCCACAGUUGAAGGAAUUUGAGUUGAAGUUAUUAUGGGUCCUCCCCUUGAGGUCAGAAAGAGAGUGUAGGAAGGCUGUAAGAUGUCCACUCCAUCACCUCAAAGUGCUCAGAUUGUCUGGAUAUUAUGGCCGUACUAGUGAAGUUGAACUCGUUAGGUAUUUUCUGGAAAAUGCUAUGCUGCUCGAGAAAAUCAUCGUUGAUCCUUGUAGUCAGAAUGUCCAUCGUCACAGGGUGGCACCAGAUGAAAUUGCAAGAAAUUUCGCUAAGCUCCAGCUUGAAGGUGAAGUACCUCCACAUAUUCAGUUGCUGAUAUUGUGAAAGUAAGUUAAUUACGAAAAUAAUAACAACAACAACAGCAACCCAGUAUAAUCCCACUAGUGGGGUCUGGGGAGGGUAGUAUGUACGCAGACCUUACCCCCUAACCUGGGGUAG